CAGGCGGGCGCCGUUCGGGGCCGUAUGCAUACCUGUGUUCCUAAAAGAUGGUGGGCAGACAUCCAAGGUGGCUCUAGCCAUACUCACACCUCCUCUCCCAUGUCCUCCCUGUGUCAGUCCGUUUUCAUACCUAGGUAGGUAACCCUCGGUUCCUUUAGGUACAUCCCUAUCUUCAAGCUUUAACCCGGCAGCGUCCCUCUUUACACGCAACUAUAAAGUAGCUCGGGGGACCCCGUUUUCUGGACCCACGUCUCCCAUCUUAUUUUCGAUAUCUGGCGAUUUAGUCCCUGUAAGUCUGGUCGCUGAAGAGAAUCUUCCAUUCCACCCAGGUCAGCCAGAAUCAGAGUAGAUCGUGCCCCCCUCAACGAGAGACUGUAUUCGCCUAAGAUGCUGUCUGAGCUGCUUUUGCACCCGGCAUUGCUCGUCGUAGCCAUUUUCAUCCUGUAUUCCACCGCAUCUUUCCUCAGACGGCCCUGCCUCCCCGAAAUUCCCAUCAUCGGAUCCCGCAAGGGCGACUGGUUUCCGUUACUACAAGCACAAUGGCGCAACACACGAGAUUUCAAGGCGGCCUUGGAGCAGGCCCACGCUUACGGCCGCCCUGUACUCGUGCCUGUCGCCGGUGAGGGUCACAUCGUGAUACUACCGGCCGAGGAAACCAAAUUUAUUACUGACCAGCCGGAUUCGGUCCUUGGCUUCAGCGAGCGCGCGUUCGAGUUCUUCCAGGUCGACUACACGUUUAUAGAUCCCGUGAUACCGCGCGUGCCGCUCCAUGAGGGGCUGCUCCGGGCGAAAUUGACGCCCCAGAUUGGUAGCCUGGUACCGGAUCUGGCUGAAGAAGUCGCCUGGGCCUUCGAAACGCACUGGGGGGGUGCGGGAACAGAUGAAAAAUGGCGCGAGGUGUGCGUUUUCGAAACGAUGCGCCACAUCGUCGGGGGCGUCGCGAACCGCGCAUUUGUCGGCCUGCCGUUCUGCCGGGAUCCCGAACUGGUCAAUAACGGCAUGGCAUUCGCCAUAGACAUCCCGCUAAGUUCCACCAUCAUAAAACUGGUUUGGAAGCCGCUGCGCCCACUCGUGGCCCCUCUUGCUACCAUUCCUAACCGCAUCCAUACGUGGCGGUUCCGCAAGAUCCUGAUAUCGGAGAUCGACCGCCGCCUGCGCAAUUACGACAAGCAUCAAAGCGGCCCCGAGGCCAGCGAACCUCCUACCGAGCGCGAGCCCAACGACUUCCUACAGUGGUCGAUCGAGCAAGCUAAAGCCCGGGGUGACCCGUACAUGUGGCGAAGCAAGACACUCGCGGACCGGAUCCUGGCGGUAAAUUUUGCCACGAUCCACACGACGUCUUUCACCUUGACCGAAGCCGUGCUCGACCUCGUCUCAUCCAAGGCUGAAUACAUAGACGAGAUCCGCGACGAAAUCACAUCUGUCCUCGCCGCCCACGGUGGUCGGUGGAACAAGCACGCACUCGGCCAGCUCAAGAAGCUCGACUCGGCAAUCCGCGAGAGCGCACGCUUCAGCUCGAUCGUAUCGAUCGGGCUCGGGCGCGCGGUCGUCGCCGAGGGCGGUCUGACCACUCCGAGUGGCGUUCACCUACCCCGGGGCACCAAGGUGUCUGUGCCCGCGUAUUGCAUCAUGCGCGAUGAGGGGUUAUACGUGGGAGCUGAGACGUUCAUGCCCUUCAGAUUCUCGGACCAGCGGAAUAGCGACCGCCGGGUAGAGGGGGGCGACAACAAUCGGAAGGCAGACAAUGUGCGCCGCGCGCGCGACGCCCUCCCGACAACAAGCUCCGAUUUCUUGGUCUUUGGCCACGGGAGACACGCCUGCCCGGGGAGGUUCUUUGCCGCCGCGGAGCUGAAGCUGAUUCUAGCACACGCGUUCGUAAAUUACGACUUCGAAAUCCUGCCGAAAAAGCCCGAGGGCUCGUGGGUGGGCGUCACGAGGCUCCCGCCGCUGAAGGCUACCAUUAGGGUGAAGAGGCGGAAAAAGUAAGACCAGGAACAGGAGAGUGUGAGCGGAUAAGGCGCAGCAUCGUGAGGACGAGAACAUACGCCGGAGUGUUCGACGACUGUGUUUGAGAAUCGCGACGGAGCUUGGCACUCAGCUGUUACGAGAUGAAACGCGGUUAGUCUGAGUAGAGCUAGGCCAGGGUGCGAUGACUCAGCAGGUAGUCGUCGCUUAGGGCAGCUUACCUUAAAGGUAGAGGUAGCCAGGUCAGGUACUGAACUAGGUGUGUAAGAAAAGCACACACGUUUCCUACGGCUAUAAUGUGUAAGAUAAUGGAUUCAAGCUUUAACCCGAACGGAAAUGUUCGCCGUAGUGAGGAGAAUGUACUCCUUUUUAUUAAAAUAUGUUUUUAGGUAAAAUUAUUUCGCACUUGAACUGGUGGAGAGAGUCCCGUUGGUGGUAAGUCGAUGAUG